ACCAUUCUCAAUACUAUAAUAUAUCUCUCCCACACACAAUCAUACUCUCUCAAUCUCAACCAACGAUGGAUUCCGAGAUCGCCGCCGACUACUCUCCAAUGCUCAUAAUCUACAAGAGUGGCCGCAUUGAGCGACUCGUGGGUGAAACCACCGUGCCACCUUCUUCCAACCCACAAAACGGAGUCGUUUCCAAGGACGUCGUUUAUUCUCCUGACAACAACCUCUCCCUCCGCAUUUACCUCCCGGAGAAAGCCGCCACCGCCGAGACCGAAGCCUCUGUAAAACUCCCUCUCCUCGUCUACUUCCACGGCGGAGGAUUCCUCGUUGAAACCGCUUUCUCCCCGACUUACCACACUUUCCUCACGGCGGCUGUCUCAGCGUCAGACUGUGUAGCGGUCUCCGUGGAUUACCGACGUGCACCGGAGCAUCCGAUUCCUACUUCUUACGAUGAUUCUUGGACAGCUCUCAAAUGGGUUUUCUCCCACAUCGCCGGAUCUGGCUCAGAAGAUUGGUUGAACAAACACGCCGACUUCAGCAAAGUGUUCCUCGCCGGAGAUAGCGCCGGAGCGAACAUAACGCAUCACAUGACGAUGAAAGCUGCGAAAGAUAAACUCAGUCCCGAGUCUUUGAACGAGUCAGGAAUCUCUGGAAUCAUCUUAGUUCAUCCUUAUUUCUGGUCAAAAACCCCAGUCGACGACAAGGAGACGACGGAUGUAGCAAUAAGGACGUGGAUCGAGUCGGUCUGGACGUUGGCUAGUCCCAAUAGCAAAGAUGGAUCAGAUGAUCCAUUCAUCAACGUGGUGCAAUCAGAGUCGGUGGAUUUGUCCGGGUUGGGUUGUGGUAAGGUUUUGGUAAUGGUGGCUGAGAAAGACGCGUUGGUGAGGCAAGGUUGGGGUUACUGGGAGAAGCUUGGUAAGAGCCGUUGGAACGGAGAAGUACUGGACGUGGUGGAGACUAAGGGAGAAGGUCAUGUUUUUCAUUUGAGGGAUCCUAAUUCUGAAAAGGCUCAUGAACUCGUGCACAGAUUCGCAGGGUUUAUCAAGGGAGACAAGUAACAUUGUGCUUUUUAGUUUGGUGUUUGAGAUGUGUCACUGUCUCACUUUCUCUAAUGUUUCAGUAAUUUGCAUGUUGCUUACAACAUCAUUAUAUUCAAUUGUAUUGCUAAUAAGAGAUGUUUAAUUCUGCCCACUAAAUAUUUUUAUUGUAAUCUUGAUUUUUGUUUUUCCACUUAA